AUGAGUGUCUUGUGUAUCAUAAGACAGUUUCUUCCCAAAAUGGCCCUCGGCAUACUGGAUCCUCUGGGCAAGAAGAAGACACAGAAGUUGAGGAAUUUUUUCUGGGACGUGCUGUCUAUAGAAAAGAUAUAUCAAAAGGAAAACAUCAGCGGCUGGGUGGUUGAGCAAGAUCAGCUGAUGGCUGAGACUGGGAUGACAGAGGAGAUGCGCACUCAAUUCCAGCUUCUUCUUCUGUGGGCAUCUCAAGCUAAUACUGGUCCAGCUGCCUCCUGGCUUCUUGCAUAUCUCCUGAAACAUCCAGAAGCAAUGAAGGCAGUGAGGGAAGAAGUGUACAAUGUACUAAAAGAGACUGGACAGGAAGUGGAGCCAGGCGGCCCCCUCAUCAAUGUGACCUUGGCUCAGAUAAAGACCCCUCUUCUGGACAGUGCGGUAGAGGAAACUCUGCGCUUGAGAGCAAGUCCUUUUCUGUUUCGAAGUGUGCUGCAGGAUAUGGAUCUUAAAAUGGAUGAUGGGAGAGAAUAUUUUCUCCGGAAAGGAGACCAGCUACUUCUUUUCCCUUUCGUCGGACUGCACAUGGACCCAGAAAUCCACCCUGACCCUCAUACUUUCAAAUAUGAUAGGUUCUUGAACCCAGAUGGUCCAAAAAAGGAGUUCUCCAAGAAUGGGAAAAAGCUGAAGUAUCACAGUAUGCCGUGGGGUGCUGGGCCCUCCAUGUGCCCUGGACGAUUCUUUGCCAUUAGUGAGAUGAAGUUGUUUGUGAUCCUGAUGCUCCUCUACUUUGACAUGGAACUGGUUAACGUGGAAGAGGAAAUUCCACCGGUAGAUGUCAGCCGCUAUGGGUUUGGAACCACACAUCCUUCUUGUGAUAUUCAGUUCAGGUAUCGGCUGCGAUUCUUGGCCUUUGCCUGCCGGACGGCCACACCCCCUCAGGCCAGCCAACGGGAGCUUCGCCCGCCUGCCCACCGCCGCCUCACAAUAGCAGCCGCCUCCUCAGGCCGGCAGGGUUUUGCCCGCCCGCCGGCCAUUUCUUCAGGCUGGCAGGGCUUCGCCUGCCGCCUCCUCAAGCCGCGGGGCUUCUCAUGCCGGCAGGGUUUUCUUCGCAUGCCGGCGGGCCGCCUCCUCCAUGCCUGGGCUCCUCCCGCUGCCGCCACUUGCCAGAGAGAACGGCUGAGAAAGACACGGGCCGAAGACAGGCACGGGAUCACGCUGUAG